UCAGCCGGAACCGUCAUUUCAUUCGUGGUAGGAAAUCGAUAAAAAACAUUCGGUCUCAGUUUGUUUCCCCCUUUUUUUCUGAAUAAAAUCACUUUAAACUUUGUAAAUACUGCCCAGGCAGUUUACAAUUACUAAAUUAAUAGUACUCCUGGGAAAGUUACAACUUUGUCAGCAAUAUGAGGUCUAGAGCCGGUAGAAGGGAGCGUAGAAGAUCAAGAAGCAGAGACCGAGGAGGUCGCGAUAGAGGAUCAAGAGGUGGUGGAGGCAGACGAGGUCAAGCCGGGGCAUCUUUAAGGAAGCCCCGUUGGGACCUCAGCAGAUUGGAGCCUUUUAAGAAAGACUUUUAUGUACCACAUCCUUCAGUCACUGAGAGGCCUUACAGUGAAGUGGAAGAAUGGAGAAAGAUAAAGGAGAUCACGUUAAAAGGAAAAAAUGUGCCUGAACCGGUGCUUACAUUCGAGGAGGCAGGUUUUCCAGAAUAUGUUAUGGCUGAACUGCGUCGAGCAGGUUUUAAACAACCCACUGCUAUUCAAGCCCAAGGUUGGCCGAUAGCUUUGUCUGGUAAAGAUAUGGUAGGCAUUGCAUCCACAGGUUCUGGGAAAACUUUAAGUUACAUUCUUCCUGCCAUCGUUCACAUUAAUAACCAGUCUAAAUUGCAAAGGGGUGACGGUCCUAUUGCACUUAUUUUAGCUCCUACUAGAGAGCUUGCACAACAGAUUCAACAGGUAGCAAACGAUAUGGGGAAAACAUCCCGUAUAAGGAACACAUGUGUUUUUGGUGGGGCACCAAAGGGCCCUCAGGCAUUAGAUUUAAUGGACGGAGUGGAGAUUGUAAUAGCAACUCCAGGACGUCUUAUUGACUUUUUGGAAAGCAAUAGGACUAAUUUGAGAAGAUGCACUUAUCUGGUGCUGGAUGAAGCUGAUCGAAUGUUGGAUAUGGGAUUCGAACCUCAAAUAAGAAAGAUUAUUGAACAGAUAAGGCCUGAUAGGCAAACUUUGAUGUGGUCGGCAACGUGGCCCAAAGAAGUGCAGCAAUUGGCAACAGAAUUUUUAAAAGAGUACAUUCAGAUUAAUGUAGGGUCAUUACAACUGUCAGCAAAUCACAAUAUUCUACAAAUAAUUGAUGUGUGUCAGGAGUAUGAAAAAGAAUCCAAGUUGAGCACUUUAUUGAAAGAAAUUAUGGCAGAAAAGGAGAAUAAAACCAUCAUUUUUAUGGAAACCAAGAGAAAAGUGGAUGAUGUCACUAGAAAAAUGAAAAGAGAUGGAUGGCCAGCAGUUUGUAUUCAUGGAGACAAGAAUCAGCAGGAAAGAGAUUGGGUUUUGCAAGAUUUCAGGAGUGGUAAGGCACCAAUUUUAGUGGCAACUGAUGUGGCAGCCCGGGGUUUGGACGUUGAAGAUGUAAAAUUCGUCAUUAACUUCGAUUACCCAUGCAAUUCUGAAGACUACGUGCACAGGAUCGGUCGUACUGGACGUUCCCAAAGAACCGGUACCGCCUACACGUUCUUUACACCGCAAAACGGUAAUAAGGCAGCCGAUUUGGUUUCCGUAUUGAAGGAAGCCAAACAGGUGAUCAAUCCGAAGUUGCAGGACAUGGCCGAUUGUGGUGGAUACGGAAUAGGACGAAGCCGAUGGAGGAGAGCUCCUGAACGUGGAGGAAGUCGCGGCGGUCGCGGCAGGCGAUCCCUCUCCCGUUCUCCCCGUAGAGGAGGUCGCAGAAACAGGAGCUGGAGCAGCAGAAGCGGCAGCAGAGGACGCAGCAGGAGCAGAUCCUACGAUAGGAGACGCAGGCGUUCGUACUCUGACUCAGACAGUAGCUCUUCCAGCAGCAGUCGAUCAAGAUCGAGAAGUCCAGUGCGUUCAGCAGCUAAACCACGAUCCCCGCCGGCUGUUGUGAGUAGAGCACCGCCGCCGAGACCGCAGCUUGUGCCCAAGGAGCAUCAGGACACAUCGUGAGAGUCACAAUUGAAUCAACAAAACUCCGGAUUUAAUCAUAAGCAGAUGAAUUUGCCGUCCGCGAGGCCCGCUUUUAAUGGUCAGCAACAGCAGCAGCAGCUGAAUCACGGUCUGAAUCAGCCUCCACCUCCUUUGCCUGGACAACAAAUGCAAUUCCCACAGCAACCCCCACUACCGCCCUCACAACCGAAACUGUCACAGCCUCCACCGCCUCCCCCACCAACCGUACAAGCGUCCACUAUGAUGAACUUCACACACAUACCCCCUCCAACGUACCAGUAUCAGCUCUCAGAGUCCCAAAAUAUGUUGUUUAACGCGCCACCUCCACCACCCCCCGACGACAACCAGUAAUACUCAACACCAGAAUCAAAUGUAUUAUUAUCAUCCGCCUCUGCCGCCCACGUCGCAUUAAAACGGCCGAGAAAACAU